CAACGAUUGAAUAAUAGUGGGCGAUUUGUUCCGGAACCGCAUUGAGUUUGUUUCGUACGAUGCCGACGUACGAAUUGUCCAUGAUUUUGCGGCAAAUGUCCAGGCCGGACAUGAUCGCGACUCUGAAACGGACAGCAACGGCAAUCUUCGACAAGGGGGGUGUCAUACGGAAGCUGGACAAUCUUGGCACGAAACCUCUACCGUUCAAAACCAGCUCCCAUGGUGUCGUCCACCGGAGCGGAUCGUACUUUGUGUUCAGAUUCGACACACCACCAUCGGCGAUCGAGGAUCUCGACGAGGAGUACGGGCGCGACGUCGACAUCGUCCGAAAACGUAUUUAUCUGGCCGAUUUCACGCAGCAGCAAGAGAUCACUUGUACGCUUCACGAAGAACUGCUACCGCCAGCGUACCGGAAGGAUGUGCAGAAAAUGAUCCGUACGGCCGAGCGGAGUAAAAAAAAGAAAGUUUUCCAAUACAACACCGGACUGGAUUACUAUCCGUUCCAGAAGUAAACGACACGUGGCGGUUCCUAGGCAAGGUGUUAGCAAUAAUCUGUAAUUUACAACUUUUAUUGUUCCCAGUAAUCGUAACAUUGACCAUAUUUUCUUUUGUGUUUGGAAAGAAACA